AUGCUGUCCGAGCUCCUGUGCUCCACAAAAAAAUUUGCAAUUAUAUCCAGUCAGGCCACAGACUAUCCUGCAAAAUUCCACAGUCUACAUAGAGCAGACCUUGGUGUACUGAUAGACACCAGUAUUGAAAUCUUUCUGGUCCAGAUUGCCAGCCUUCUAAUUUUAGCAGCCACCAGUGCAUCAAGUGUCGGAGGGACGGUCGCUCUUCAGGCGCUGACUCCUGCUAACUACAGCGGACAUAUGAUAUUUCCCCACCCCCCCGCUUUGGAUGAGGUGGGGGUUAUUCCAGUCCUAGGAGGUGACCCAUACCUACUCCCAGCACCUACCAUUACUCAGUGGCACUGCGUGGCUUUUAAAAUGGCAGCGAUUGCAGGCAGUCUCACAACUGAGGCCCACGUUGCAGCUUCUCUGGCAUGGUUGGACCUAAUCUUUAACAAAUUCUGGGCAAAUCUAGCGGCAAGGCAGCAGAGUAAACCUAUACCUGAAAG